UAUACAUAUGUUCGCCCUCACGGACGUAAACACGCAUACCUGCGCCGCGUUCUUUCGAAGUAAAUAUCGCACGGUUUGUUUCCACUCAACCAUCUGGCAGAUUUCAACCAUUUCUUCAGUUCCCAGCCAGUCAGUUUACAGUCUAGAGUUUGAAUUUGAAGUCCAUAAGCAGUCAAGAUGGAGUUUGGAGGCAAGUUUGUGUACAUGAAGAAGCGGGCCAAGAGAGAAGAGGCAAAUGCCCCACAGGCAGCGAUUGAGGAUGAUGAGGAUGAAGUCUACACAACUGAGGACUUGGCCCUGGGUCUCAAGACUUCCUCAUCAGUCGCUGCUGAUGAUGGCAAGACAUGCAUGCUGGACAUUUUGGAUACUGCAGGCCAGGAAGAGUUCUCAUCAAUGAGGGAACAGUAUGUUCGCAGUGGGAAUUGCUGUAUGAUUAUAUACGCCAUCGAUAACAGGAAAUCCUUUGAAGAAGCUGUCAACAUCUACAAAUGGGUCCUGCGUUUGAGACAAGUCGACAAGAUGCCCGCAAUCCUGUGUGGCAACAAAUCUGAUCUGGCAGAUGUGAGGGAAGUCCCAACAGAUGAAGCUGAGAAGCUAGCCAAGGAUAACAAUAUGGCGUUUAUGGAGACAUCAGCUAAAACCGGAGACAACGUUAAGGAGAGUUUCCAUGCCUUGGUGCGUUGCACACCACGGACCGGGACCACCUAUAAGGUGAUAGUUCUGGGAGCUGGUGGGGUGGGUAAGUCGGCCAUCACAGUCCGUUUCGUCAGCGAUCAAUUUGUGACAGACUACGACCCGACGAUUGAGGACUCGUACAUGAAGCAGGUGGUGGUGGAUAACAUUCCAGCUGAGAUGCUCAAAGCUGAGGCGCCUAAGCCAGCUCUGCCACAGGCCUCUCAGUCAGCUCCCCCUGUUCCCAAGAGGAAAGGCUUCAUUGACUCCCUCUUUGGCCGUAAAAGCUUGAACAAGAAUGUCGUUCAGCAGCAACAACAACUGCAUGGCGUUGCACUUCCUCCUCGUAAAAAGAUGGCCGACAGGUCAGCCGACAGGUCGGCCGAGAAGUCUAAGAAGAUGGCGUACCGCAAGGCAGACUCCAACAUUGUCUUGCUGCCCCUGGGCACCCUUGAGAAUGAGCCCACGGUGGUGACUGGGGAUCCAAUUCACUGCAGUGAAUGCCAGUCCGUGCUUUCCCAUGUCUCUAAGCUGGAUCAAGCUGAGGCGGAUGGAGAUAGCAACAGAAAGUGGAAAUGUGAGUUUUGCGGCCACAUCAAUGAGGGAUUGGAUGUUGUGGAAGAAGAGAUUCCCAAGGAGAAGAGUGUGGACUAUCUUAUGGAGGCAGCCCCAGCCAAGGCUGCUGCUGCUGAGGGUGAUGCCAAAGCCAGCCUGUCUGGCACUGGCACCGUGGUGUAUUGCAUUGACACCAGUGGAUCCAUGUCCUCUACUACACAAAUCUCGGCCCUGCAGUCUGAAUGGAUGGCUGUGCAGGGAAUAGGUGGGGGUGGUCCCAAAUACGUAUCAAGGCUGGAUUGCAUGAAAAUGGCAGUCACCAGGCAGCUGGAACGCUACGAGCUGGAGCACCCCGACAAGAAGGUCAUCCUGGUGAACUUCAGCCAUGAGGUCAAGGUUCACGGCGACGGCAGUCAGCUGCCCACGACAGUCACCGGUCAGAAGCUGAACCAGCUGGACGUCCUGCUGAGAGAGGGCCAGGAGCUGGCUGCUCUGCUGAACAUAAAGCCACUCACUGAAUCAGCCAGCUGUCUGAAGACUAAAGUUGACAGUCUCAGUGAGGGUGGUUCUACGGCCUUGGGCCCAGCCUUGGCGGUCAGCCUGGGACUCCUUGCCAAACUACCAGGAUCUGAGAUUGUGCUGUGCACCGAUGGCAUGCCUAACGAGGGAGUGGGAUCUCUGCAGCGACAUAGCUACGACUCCAAUUUCUACAACGAGGCGGGCCGUAUAGCUGAGCAGCAACAGACUACCAUAUCCAUCAUCGGUAUACAGACAGACAGCCACUGCGACUUUGAACAAGUCAGCAAGUGCGUGUCUAUCUCCUCGGGGACCAUCAACAUCCUGAACCCCCACGAGCUGACGCGACAGAUCCGCCAGCUGGGACAGGACAAGGUGGUUGCCACCAACGUGGCGGUCACCCUCAUGCUGCACCCAACCCUGCAGUUUGACCCCGAGACCGAAGGACCGGAGGCUGCAGGGAAGAGUAAGAUUUUCAAGAACUAUGGUAACGUUCAGCAGUCUACUGACCUGACCUUCAGUUUCCAGCUGCGUCCGGAAGCUGACAUUUCAGACUUGACCAAACUGCCAUUCCAGGUCCAGAUCAAGUACACCAAGUCGGAUGGUCGCCGUUUCCUUCGCAUUGUCACAGAGCAGCGUGAGACCACAGCUGACCGACAACAGAUGGAAGAGAAUAUGAACGUUGCCGUUACUUCAGUAGCUGCCAUGCAGAAGGCAGCAGCAUUCGCUGAACAGAAGGACACCCAGAGAGCACGACUUCACCUGAUUUCCAAUCAGCGUGUGAUGGCCCGGGCAGCUAAAACUAAUCAACAGUCUGAGUCAGCUUGCGCGUACGAAGCACCUGCACAAGAACUGUACGACAUGCUAGAUGAGGAAGCAUCUGAUGACAUGUAUGAUGAUGACGAUAUUUCGUGCGCAAGGGGCUCUGCAAGGGGCUCUUCUGCACCGCGCUCACAGGACAGGUUCCACGCCAAAGUCAAAAUGACAAAGAAGUCGAAUCUUGCGGCGUUUUUGCCAUCAAGUUCCAAGGGUGCCCACGCGGCCAAGAAUCGUUCAGUGCCCAAGUCCAUCAGCGAGCAGUAUUAUGGCAUUAAGGAGAAGAAGUAAAUCAUCAAAAAGGAGAAGUAAAUACCACACUUUGCGGAUGGGAACCAGUUUAUCUUCGUGCAGGAACUUAUUAUAGGUUUCCUGUUACUUUGGCAUUAGUUGGUCAAAUAAUGCUUCUGAAAUUAAUGAAA